UGGACUGUCUAAGGGUAGGGAGGUACAGUUUCUCUUCUGUGUAGGCGUUUGCUGCCUACGCCAUCGCUACUCAUAUUCUGGGGUGUACGAUGUAUCUUGUGCCAUGCGUAGUUCUCUGCUUGUUUCCUCCCGGUGGUGCAACCGGAGGACAGUCUGGGACGAUUGUGUCCAUAAGUGGACUUGUCAGCAGCGUUCGUUACGAAGGCAUUGUUCUACGAAUUCGGGUGCGAUCAACAGCGAAGAACGCAAGUAUGACAUUGACCCGAGCCAGUUCUCCCAGAAGGUUGUACGAAACUUCUGCAUCGUAGCCCACGUAGAUCACGGCAAGAGCACGCUUUCUGACCGCCUGCUGGAGUUCACGGGGACGAUAAAGCCGUCUCGGGAUAACAAGCAGGUGCUAGAUCGCCUCCCCGUUGAACGAGAGCGGGGCAUCACAGUCAAGGCACAGACGGCAUCGAUGGUCUUCGAGAAGCCGGGUCACCCCGAGCCGUACCUUCUGAACCUUAUUGAUACUCCUGGUCACGUCGAUUUCAGCUACGAGGUACUUCGGUCCGUGUCGGUGUGCCAAGGUGUCAUUCUCUUAGUUGACGCCAAUCAAGGAAUCCAAGCCCAAACAGUGGCCAACUUCAACAUCGCCUUCUGUUCUGAUCUUGCUAUUAUACCUGUCCUGAACAAGAUAGACUUAAAAAACGCUGAUGUCGACGGCGUGACGACCCAAAUGGAAAAUGUUUUUGGCAUUGACAAGAAAGAUGUGCUCAAGGUGUCAGCUAAAGAAGGCAUUGGCAUUGAAGAACUUGUGUAUGCCAUUAUAGAAAAAAUACCACCACCCAGUGGAAACCCUGAUGCACCAUUUCGCGGCAUCUUGCUUGACUCGUGGUAUGACCGAUACCGCGGUGUUAUUGCACUCGUUAUAGCAAUUGAUGGCACGCUGCGGCCAGGGGAUGAAAUCGUAUCUCAUGCUACUGGAACAACAUACACUGUACGAGACUUGGGUUUCAUGAAGCCUCUUGAAACUUCUACUCCACUCUUGUGCGCCGGUCAAGCUGGAUAUGUGGUUGCAAACAUGAGGUCUCCAAAGGAAGCCCAUACUGGUGACACAUUAUCACACAAGUGCGAUCAUGUUAAGCCACUUCCAAAGUUUCAGGAGUCAAAGCCCAUGGUGUUUGCAGGUGUUUACCCUGAAGACCAGUCUAAAAACAAUGAAAUGCGAAGUGCAAUUGACCGCCUUCUGCUUAAUGAUCCUAGCGUACAAGUUUCUAUUGAAUCUAGCCCUGCACUGGGCCUGGGGUGGCGCCUGGGAUUCCUUGGGCUUCUACACAUGGAUGUUUUCUGCCAGAGGCUAGACCAAGAGUUUAAUGCACAAGUAGUUGUAACAGCUCCCAGCGUGAGUUACCAAAUCAAGGUGCAUGGAGCAAAACAGAUUAAGCAUUAUGGAGGUGAAAUCAUCACCAUCAACAACCCACUCAAUAUGCCUGAUCCAGCAAUCAUCAAAGAAUAUUAUGAACCCAUGGUAAUGGCUACGAUCAUCACUCCAGACACAUACCUCAGUGAAGUGAUGGGCCUGUGUGCUGAUAAUCGAGGUGUUGCCAAGGCUACACAAAAUGUAGAUAACACCACCAUCCUUCUCCAGUACAAGUUUCCUCUAAGUGAGAUUAUUAUUGACUUUUAUGAUGCACUCAAGUCCAUUACAUCAGGGUAUGCCAGCUUCGACUAUGAGGAAGUUGGCUAUGAGCUCACCAACUUAGUGAAGUUGAAUAUAAUUCUGAAUGGAAAAGUUAUUGAAGAGCUAACAACGAUUGUGCAUGCCACCCGGGCUCGACAGGCAGGCCGUUCUAUGCUGCUAAGAUUGAAGGAAAGCAUUCCUCAGCAAAUUUACGCUGUAGCACUUCAGGCAGCGGUUGGCGGCAAAAUUCUAGCUCGUGAAGAUAUCAAAGCUCUUAAAAAGAAUGUCCUUGCAAAGUGUUAUGGUGGUGAUAUUACACGGAAGUUAAAACUCCUGAAGAAACAUUCUGAGAAACAAAAAAAACUUAGGACCAUUGGGAACAUCCAGAUUCCUCGUGAUGCCUUUAUUAAUGUUUUGAAGCGGACAUGAUUUGUUUUUCAGAGGAAAGUAUGACAGACUGUGUUCUAAUGUUAUAACUGUAGUUGGAACAUUAAAGUUUAUUAUGUACCCCUU